AACCCAGAAUACAAUUUGGUCAGAAAGGGAGGACCGUUCAGAGCUUUCUGAGACGAAGAGCUCGAAAAAUGGCGACAAUGGCCGAAUCAUCAGAAGAGAAACCAAACACAUCGUCGUCAACACAACACGUCGAUCACUCUCUGCACAAGAAACUGGGAACCCUAGAAGUGGCGACUCCGUGGAUCGACUACGCAGUUCAACAGGCACAGUUUGCGCAAAAGGUCAUCGAAGAAACCGUGGACUCUGCAAUUUCAGUCACCAGAUCUCGACUCGAUCAAAUUCGAACCACUUCAUCGGCUCAUCUCCACCAAACCAUUGAUUCUUUGCAAGAUGUCAAGUCAGAGUAUGGUGUUUACGAGGAUAUCGUGCAUGGAAAGAUUAAAGAGGGCAUUAUUGUUGCUGCUUCCCAUCCAGUGCUUACAUGUAGUGCUGCUGCUGGCGUAGGAUGUCUGGUUUUGAAGAGGCCGAGGCGUUUCUUGUAUUACAACACCUUGCGCCUUUUUGUGAGUGAAGAGUCCUUGCUUUCCAGAGCUGACACUAAAGUGAAGGGAUUACGGCAAUCAAUUGAUCUUUUGAAGGCUGAAAGUGAAAAGUUGGAGAAGAGAGCAUUGCAAGCAGAAGAGGAAAUGAAAAGAGGAAGGACCAAACUCAGACAAGCAGGGAGUCAGAUCCAAGGUGUUAUUCGCUCAGCUUAUAAGAUUGAAAGACAAGCAGAUGGCUUGAAAGAUGUCAUGGGAGAACUUCCUAGUAGAGAAGCAUCCCGAUUCCGAUCACAAGUUUCCAAGCUUGCUUGGGAGGCAAAGCGAGAGAGGAAUGCUUUAAACAAGGAGGUUACAAAGAUCAGUAAUUACGGAAUCUCAGUCUGAAAAUUCACCUGUCAGCACACUCUCAGCAACAGAUUCCAUCUGGAAGUUUGCCAAUGUGCACUGUCUUGUUAAAGUGGACUGGAGCUCUAUGGUUGCAGUCAUUGGAUCUGGUUAGAGAUGACUUCUUUUGUUCAUUCAAAAUAAAUGUGAUCCUUGCUACAUAUGGCUCAAAAUGUUGUGAAGGAAGACGCGUAUUUUUCCCAGCCUCCCUUUUGUUUUCGCAAGUAUACAUAAUAUUUCUUAGUGCAAGAUGUUUUGAGUACCUGAAUCCUGAUACAUGUCAAGGUUGAGAAGGCGAUGAGUCCAUGACUUGGAUUAUAGUCCUAUAAUUUCAAAAUUUUGAUGGGUGUCAAGUGUACGGUUUCCAUAGUGAUUUUAAAGCCACAUUUCGUUGGGUAUAAGUUUUAGCAAUGCUAAAUUCUCUAGCUUUGAUUCUUAUUAGAUAA